AAGGCCAGAAUUUGUGUCGAAUUUCCAUUGCGUGAAAGUUUGUAUUUUAUGGACAUUGCAUGGUCUGUUCUACAAAAGUAGAAGACACAAUUAGAAUAAUUACAUCGUUGACAUAUGUAACGUCAAUUCAUUCGAACAUUCGCCAUGAGAAAGUAUGGAGCUUUAAAUUUUUAGUUUUUUCUGAUAAAUGAAAAAGCUGAGAAAUGUCAAAUUAUUUUAAUUGUAAAAGUAAAAAAUACGUUCAAAAUUGCAUGCAUGAAAAGCUGAAGGAGACAAAGUUCAACCGCGAACCGAUUACUUUAUAACCGGCUGAGAUUUCACAACAAAUCGUAAAGUAAAACAACUUUUCUUUAUAAUUUGUAUUUAUACGUAAUUAAUGUUACUUUACGAUAAUUAAUAUACAUUUAACUCGAGACCCUUAUGUUCUUGCCGUUACAAAAGGUGGAUAAUCAACACCAACCUUCUUAUCCGUUGCAGGUCAAGUAGGAAAAAUGGAAGAACUACAAAAUUGCGCGAUGCGACAAGCUCUACAAAAUCCGGCCAUUCUUCAAGAAAUACUUCAAAUCACUGACGUUUCUGGAAAAACAUCCCGACUCGUUUCCCACUUAUGGAACGAAAUCACACUCUCCCUUCCAGACCCAAAGUUGACCCUUCUGCUUUCCGAAAAGUCGGAAUCGUCGCCCGAGGAAAAGGUCUGCUGCUAUGCCACCCCAUUUCAAUUACUUUGUAUCAACAUGCCACCCAAACUUGCAAGAAGCAUAAGGGAAAACGGAUGUCAAUCGAUAAAUAAACAUUCCCGUACUCAAAGAAUUCGAGCUGCUGAAUCCAAACUGCUCCACAUUUCCGGCCAGUUUGCCCAAUUGGUCGAAGAGUUUGCCAUGACCUUCACCGAUAGAGACCUGAUCCCAACAGUGUAUGCAAUAUUAGAAAACGGAUGCCCAAAUUUGAACAGAUUAGAGCUUUGUUGCCAACCGAUGAAAUUUUCUGAUAUUAAUGAUAAACUUGUUGCACCCUUAAAUACCCAGGAUAAGUUGACCUCCAUUGGAAUAACGGAUUUUAGUAAGGGCUCCGACUUCCUCAAGAUGACACAACUAAUUCUUAAUUCUGCCCCAAACUUGAAAUAUUUCACCUACCUGCAGAAAAUAUCCAGAUUUAAGUCGGAACGGGGCAAUUACAUGGAUGUUAUUGGAGUUCGGUUAUAUGAAAUCCAACAAAAUCCCAAGUUGCACUGGUUCUCAUGGACUCAACCAAAUGCUGGAUCAAGUUAAAGAUCACUUGGAAUAUUUUGAAAUGGAGAGUAAUAUGUAUGAGCUCGAGGAUUCUCCGAGUGAUGUUGAUGCCCGCAUCGGUUUCCAAUUCCCUCAAAUGAAAAACCUUGAAGAAUUUAGAAAUAAUAUGUUGGAUUGUUUCAGUUGUGGGGAUCAUUUGCAAGAUAUUUGUACUGCGCGGAUGCCAGCUUUGGAAAUUUUACAUAUAACCAAAAGGGACAACACGGUCGAUGAUUUAUUACGAAAUAUAAUAACGAAGCAGGAUUUGUUUAGUGGAGUGAAAAAUCUCCGUCUGGAAAAUGUGCGGAAUCCAGAAUCAAUUACUGGGUUGAAAACAGCAUUCCCAAACUUGGAAACUUUAUCAAUUUAUCAGUUUAAUGCGGAUGAGUCAUCACUCCUUAUGGAAGUAGGCCCACAUCUACAAGUUUGUGCCCCACUUGGAUUAAAAUAUUUAAAUUUGUAUCUUUCAAAUCGUCAUGAAAAGCUGUCCGAGUUUGUCCAAGGUUUUUUAAUUUGUGGGGAACUAUUGCCAAGUCUCAAAACUUUGGAAAUAGAGUCGUUUUCCGGGGUUUCUGAUGACUUGGAUCUUGUCGUGGACGGAGAAGCGCAGAUGAAACAGUGCCUUUUGGAAUUAAAGGGAUUGGAGAAUGUAAUGAUUACCGGAAUUGAAUUUUGAAUUUUUGUAGUUUAAAGAAGAAACAUGGAAAUGGGUGGAAUCAUUCAUUUAUGAGAACAAAAUUCCUAUCGUGUUCGAUAAGACAUGCUAUCCUUCUAUGGCUAAAGAUCAAUUCAUACUACACGCAAAGAAAUACCGAAAUGCCGAAAUUAUAUCAGUCGUGUAAGCCAUGUCUGCAUAGACAUAUGUAUGUACUUAAGCAUGCAUAAAUAUAAUAUAAUAUAUGUACUAUUAUACUUUACUAUCGAUUUAUAACGUAUAUAAUAUAUGUAAUAUUUAGGAUAUGAUAAGUAUUAAAAGCUCUUAUUUAUAUGAAUAAUAUUAGAUAGCGUUGUGCAAAUUUUUAAAUAUGAUAUGUAUCAAUCAUUUGACUUCGUCUUGUAAUAGUUUUAGGAUUUUUGAUGUAAUAUUUACUAUUUAAAUAAAUAUGCAAUCCCAUUGUUAUUCGUUGAA